GGACCAACCAGAAAACCUCCAAAGAAUGGAGUCAGCCUUCAGAAGUAGAGAAGUUACGAUUUCAUUUAUUUAGGGAGACAGAGGAAUUUUUAGCUGGAUUACGUUAUCCAUACAAGGUUGGAACAUAAUUACAGAAUUUGGUUACAAGCAGUGUUUUUUUUGGGGGGGGCGGGGGUACAGCUAACAUUGUUUUACGGAGGGUUUAACACGCAUGAGUUGCUGUCAUCUGGUGACAUCGUUUGAGUCUCUCUAGUCAUUGAACAGAACAAGAAAAAUAAAUUGAAUUAAAUUUAUAAUCUGAACUGAAGUUAUAUGUGACCCAUCACAUCUCUCAAGUUUUAAAAUGGGUUUUUGUUGUUGUUGUUGUUGUUGUUGAUGGGGGGGGAAGGUCCAGCAGCUUUUAAAUGUUUUCACAUCGUGUGUUCCAAAAAUAACUGGUUAGCCUAAGUCACUUCCACCCUCCAAUGUUGUGAAUGCAGUCUCUGUAGCAUUCGUUAUUUAAUGUCUUAUCUUCCUGCACUAUUUGAGAAAUCGCGAGGUCGACUUAAUACCGCAGUCGUCACUUUGCGGACCGGAGGGCGGAGUCUGCUUAGUUCUGAUGACUGUGUGGGUCCGCGCAGAGAGCUCCUGCUAGGCCUGCGCGUCCCGUUCUAAAUUCUUACCCUUUAGUCCUUGUCACCACCCCCGCCGUGGGAACGGCCUGACAGUCACUCGUCAAAGGAAGUGGCUGCCGGCAGCUCUUGACCCGGAAUCGGAUCCUAGUUCCACCCCCUCCGCUCCAGGCUUCCUUCUGCAACAGGCGUGGGUCACGCUCUCGCUCGCUCUCUUUCUGCCGCCAUCUUGGUUCCGCGUUCCCUGCACAAAAUGCCCGGCGAAGCCACAGAAACCGUCCCUGCUACAGAGCAGGAGUUGCCGCAGCCCCAGGCUGAGACAGGGUCUGGAACAGAAUCUGACAGUGAUGAAUCAGUACCAGAGCUUGAAGAACAGGAUUCCACCCAGGCAACCACACAACAAGCCCAGCUGGCGGCAGCAGCUGAAAUUGAUGAAGAACCAGUCAGUAAAGCAAAACAGAGUCGGAGUGAAAAGAAGGCACGGAAGGCUAUGUCCAAACUGGGUCUUCGGCAGGUUACAGGAGUUACUAGAGUCACUAUCCGGAAAUCUAAGAAUAUCCUCUUUGUCAUCACAAAACCAGAUGUCUACAAGAGCCCUGCUUCAGAUACUUACAUAGUUUUUGGGGAAGCCAAGAUCGAAGAUUUAUCCCAGCAAGCACAACUAGCAGCUGCUGAGAAAUUCAAAGUUCAAGGUGAAGCUGUCUCAAACAUUCAAGAAAACACACAGACUCCAACUGUACAAGAGGAGAGUGAAGAGGAAGAGGUCGAUGAAACAGGUGUAGAAGUUAAGGACAUAGAACUGGUCAUGUCACAAGCAAAUGUGUCGAGAGCAAAGGCAGUCCGAGCCCUGAAGAACAACAGUAAUGAUAUUGUAAAUGCGAUUAUGGAAUUAACAAUGUAACCAUCUGGAAACAACUUUUUUUGGUGUCUCAAAGGAGUAACUGCAGCUUGGUUUGAAAUUUGUACUGUUUCUAUCAUAAAUAAAGUUAUGGCUUCUUGUUGGAUGAACUCA